CCUUUCCAGCGGUUAGUUACGUUCUUCACUCAGUCAAAGCGUAUUAUCAGUUAGUUGUCAAUAUAGUUAAUAGUGUGCAGCUUUUACAAGUUACUAGUGUUAUUGCUUAAACUUAAAUGUGUUAUAGAACCAUGCAAAGGUGGUAUAAUGUGUUUGUAAUACAGUAAUUGAUGCAAAAUAACUCUUCAGUUUCACGGGGUAAAUCGUUGCUUAGAAAAGUUGCAAUAUUAUUUUAGUGUCGUAAAGUAAGUUUAUUUCUUUCGUGCAGAAUAUUCCGUAUCGACGUCAACAAUCGAAUCCGGGGCUUUUAAAAUACGAAGUUGGAAUGCUGAUUAGUCAGCCAAAGCUCUGAAGACGUUCUGAAAACGUAUGGAUAUUUCCUUAUCAGAGUUUGGAAUGGAACGUUGGUCGGGUAAAGUGGCGCUAGUAACUGGAGCCAACUCAGGAAUAGGUGCUGCCGUCACCCGGCGGCUUCUUAAACUAGGUCUGAUUGUUGUUGCUCUAGACCGCAAUAUCGAACUUCUUCAGGAAUGGGCUACAAAAGACGGUAGCUUCGGGCAAUUAUAUCCGAGGCAAUGUGACCUGUGUAAUGAGAAUGAAGUUCUGGAGACAUUCCGAUGGAUCGAAACAUGCUUGGGAGGUGUUGACAUACUCGUAAACAACGCAGGAGUCACUGGUCAGAACAGCCUUAUCGAGGGUAAUCCUGAUGAGUGGAAACACCUAUUGGACGUUAAUGUGGUUGCACUGUGCCUUUGCACCAAAGAAGCCGUAGCCUCUAUGCGUCGUCGUAACGCCAAGUAUGGACACAUUUUUAACCUCUGCAGUACCCUGGCUCACAUGGUGCAUCCGUUCGGCCCAUUGCACUUCUACGCCGCCACCAAACACGCCGUGAGUGCGCUGACUGACGGUUUGCGCCAGGAACUCACAGAAGUCAACACCAGGAUCCGAGUCACGAGUAUAAGCCCUGGGCUGGUGAAAUCUAACAUAUUUAAGACGUGUCUAGGGCCAGACAUUCACGAGACAGUGUACAAAAAGCCGUCUCUGGACCCCAGUGACGUGGCGUCCGCCAUCGAAUACGCCCUGAGUUCUCCCACACACGUACAGGUGAAUGAAAUUGUUAUCAAACCAAUGGAAUCACUCGCCUAGUACUUCAGCAGCUAAGGGACUUAUUCUUCACUUUUUACCGAUGGUUAUUGCAAAUUACAUAGAGCUGUUCACGUAAAACUUUGACCAGCUACUUAGUGUAAUCACCUUUUUUGGAUGUAACUCUACAGGUUUAUAUAUUGUUUGGCAUGGUAUAUUAUGAAGUUAUUAAGUUCACUGUCUUUAAGUUAAUCUUGCGCUGUAAGAGUUUAUUACUGAUCACUAGAAAAGACCGGUUGAUGUUCAAUGGGGAA